AAAAAAGAAGAAAAGAAAAGAAGGCAGGUAUGCGUGUGCGGGUGCAACCCCUCCUCGCUUGCUUGCUCCUUGCGUGACUGUGAUGUGUGUGUGUGACUGCGCCAUCUGUGCUGCUGGUGGCUUGACAUACGCACACCGACCAGCCUCAAGCACACACAAACAAAAGCAAACAAGCAACACUCCACAUGAGGGAAAACUUGCAUGAUUGGCGAGGUUGUUAUGACAUAGGGGAGGGCGGGGCCUGUGUCGUGUCACACACUCACACAGACAACAACCGGCGGCUGUGGCCGUGUAAUGGCACAGUCGUGUGGUACCAUUGCCACUCACUCACUCAUCCUUGGUCAAAGAGGCAACGGGCGCCUCUUCCGCACCGAGUUUGUCAUGAUGAUGGUGAUGUGAGCCUCCACGCUUUCUUCUCACCCUACAACCAACAUGACACCGCCACCUGCACCAUGCCCGAACUGCCUGUUCUGUGCUACCACACAGGAUGAGCAACGUGCUUGCGGGAGAAGGCGCCAGGGGGCGGAUGUUGCUGAAGAAGGAGGAAUUGCUGGCCUCGUCGCCACCGCCGCUGGCGCCAAUUCCAAGACGAAUUAUAAUCAGCAACGGCAAACCUCGCUCCAACGGCGUCAAGGGCGACGCUGCUGGUGAUGGUAGCAAUUGCUGUGGUGCCAGCAGCGGCAGCAACAGCAACAACAACACCGGAAGCACGAAACGCAGCAACGGCAACGGUGAUAGCGAUGACAGCGCUGACGACGACGAUGAUGAUGAAGGUGAUGAUGGCAGAGAGACGCCAACAUUCGUGGCAUCAAAAAGGGAGCAGCACAGGGGCCAGCACCACAACGGGCAUGACAAUGACAGCAGGGAAAGGAGCGAGCAGAUGAUUUCCGAUUCAGACGACAGCGCCGACGCAAUAAAGUCGGAACCCGAUGAGGUGGACGAGGCAUCCUCACCAGCCGACGACAACGAGGAGUCGCUGGAGGCACAGGCUGCCGCUGCACUGUGCGCCCUGAAGCACGCCUGCCCCGUUGGUGUUCCAACGCAGCAGCGCCCCGUGUCGUCAAGGGCAACUUCAGCAAGGAGAACACAGGGACUGCAGCCACAACUACAGCAACAACCACAACCGCAACCACAACUACAGCAGCAGCAGCAGCAACUGCCACAGCACCACGUCCAGCCACGGCAACAACAGCCGCAGCCUCAGCCACACCAACAACAACUACAACAGCUACAGCAGCAGCAGCAGCAGCAGCAGCAGCAGCACCUGCCACAGCACCACGUCCAGCCACGGCAACAACAGCCGCAGCAACAGCAACUACAACAAUUCCCCCAACAACAGCAACAACAACUACAACAGCUACAGCAGCAGCAGCAGCAACAGCAAGCGUGGUCUGUGCCGUUGCCGUUGUUUCCACAGCAGGCCAACUUCCCGGCCCACCCGGGCAUUGCGCCAUCGCCGUCUGUAUGGCCUUACGCUCCAAACACCACCACUAUGCUGGCGCACCCUGGUAUGGCAAGCAUGGGCACAGCUGCACCGUCGCUACGGCAGCACUGGCCCGUGCCGACAGCGGCUGUGUUCCCCGUGCGAACGACGGCGCCACCGCCAACGCACGUGCCCGAACCGGAACCACACAACACCCAGACGGGCAGCCUGCUGUCGACGGAUGAGGAGCGGCUAUCGAAGCUGCUCAACAAGCGCAAGCGGUCCGGCACGCUGUGCAAGAUGCAGCCGCAGGAAGUGCUGAAGCUUGUCGCCGUUGAUAUGGGGCGUGCGGUGGUACAGCGCCAGAAGAAUGUGCGCACGGGGCCCAAGUGCGACUUUUACUUCCGCUUGGGCGCGCUGGACGUGGACAAGCCGACGUUCAAGGUGAUCAAGGCGGCGCUGAUGGAGCUCAAGCGCAGCGACAAGCACACGCUGGCGCAGCGGUAUGUGGACGAGCGACGCAAGCUGCAGAACCAGCGGUCCCAGGCGAAGAAGCGGUCACAGGUGCAUCAGGACAUGCACCACUGCAAGCAGCGCAACGCCGUCCUGCGCAAGAAGCUUGAUGACGCAAAUCGUGUGCUCAGCGCCCUCUCCCACCUCUUGUGA